CUGUAGCCUGACACCUGCUGCUCCUUCAUCAUUCACCUGACUGUACUGUAGAUGAGCGGCGUCCUCUCAGCUGACAUCAUGCAGAAUCACUCUGAGUUUGUGUUUGUGCUGCAGGGUCUGAACGACUCUCUGACAAACCGUCACCUUUACUUCUCCUUCGCUCUGAUGUCGUACCUCUUCACCAUCUUGGUCAACCUGAUGCUGGUGGUCAUCGUCUGUGUGGAGCGAUCUCUCCACAAGCCCCUCUACAUCUUCCUGUGUAACCUGUGUUUGAACGGCAUCUUUGGAGCUUCGAGUUUCUACCCGAAGCUGCUUCACGACCUUCUGGCCGACUCUCACGUCAUCACGUACACCGGCUGUCUGACUCAGAUGUUUGUGGCUUACAGUUACAUCUUCUGUGAGUUCACCAGUCUGACCGUCAUGGCAUACGACCGCUACUUGGCCAUCUGUAGGCCGCUGCAGUACCAGACGCUGAUGACGAUGCAGAAGGUGGCCCAGCUGCUCUUUCUCACCUGGAGCUUCUCCCUCCUGGAGUCGGUGGUGGGCAUCACCCUGACGGCCCAGCUGCCACUCUGCGGACGCCACCUGUCCAAGAUCUUCUGCACUAACUGGGAGGUGGUGAAGCUGUCGUGUUCUGACACGACCCUCAACAACAUCUAUGGCUUUGUGCUCACGUUCUCGCACGUGUCGCAGACCGGACUCAUCCUGGUGUCCUACACACACCUGGUCCGAGCCUCGCUCAGGAUGCAGUCUAACCGCAGGAAGUUCAUCCAGACGUGUCUGCCGCACCUCAUCACACUGUUGGUCUUCACCAGCUCGCUGUUGUUCGACAUCAUGUACUCUCGUUAUGGCAGUGGGAGAACGCUGCAGGCGCUGCAGAACGUGCUGGCCGCAGAGUUCCUGGUCGUCCCGCCGCUCAUCAACCCCAUCAUCUACGGCAUCAACCUGCAUGAGAUCAGGUCCAGGAUGUUCAGCAACUUCACCCACAAACUGGACGUCUCCAAACCACCAUCAUGA